AUGCCUCUACUAACCAACUCAAUUUUUCCACUCCUUCUUUUCAUCUCCGCCGCCGCAGCACAGACAAACUACCUCCUCCAGAGCGACGCCGUGUCGCUGCUCUCUUUCAAGUCCAAAGCGGACCUGGACAACAAGCUGCUCUACACCUUAAACGAGCGCUUCGACUACUGCCAGUGGCAAGGAGUGAAGUGCGCCCAGGGACGCGUCGUCCGCCUCGUCCUCCACUCCCGCUCCCUCCGGGGCACUUUCCCUCCUUCCACCCUCUCCCGCCUCGACCAGCUCCGCGUCCUCAGCCUCCACAACAACUCCCUCUUCGGUCCCCUCCCUGACCUCUCCCCUCUCUCCAACCUCAAAUCCCUCUUCCUCGACCGCAACUUCUUCUCCGGCUCCUUCCCUCCUUCCCUCCUCUCCCUCCACCGCCUCACCCUCCUCGAUCUCUCCCACAACAACCUCUCCGGCCCCCUCCCCCCUCAACUCAACUCCCUCGACCGCCUUUCCUACCUUAAGCUCGAGUCCAACUGGUUCAACGGCACCGUCCCGCCCCUAAACCAGACCUUCUUGGUCGCCUUCGACGUCUCCGGGAACAACCUCAGCGGGCCUGUUCCGGUGACGCCCACGCUCUCGCGGUUCGGCGCGGCGUCGUUCCAGCGGAACGCGGAUCUCUGCGGCGAGAUUAUUAACAGACCCUGCCGCUCGCGUCCUCCGUUCUUCGAGAAUAACACCUCCUCGUCGGCGAAUGCGACGGCGCCGUUUGGGCAGAGCGCGCAGGCGGAAGGCGGAGUGGUGGUGGCGCUGGCUCCCCCUUCGAGUGCGAAGCACAAGCGGACCAACGUCGUCUUGGUGUUCGCCGUUGUCCUCUCGGUCUUGGCCGCCGCGAUUUUGUGCGUCGGGGCGGUUUUGAUCAACAAAAAGAGGAACAGAACUGUAAACGUAUCUGCUCCGUCGGCGAGUCCGGUCAGGUUGGCCGGAGCAGAACCCGCCGAGGCUGUGAAAGUUGACGGUAAUGCUGCGGCGGCGGCGGCGGCGGCGAAGACGAAAGAUAUCGAGGUGGGAGAAGCAGUGGCGGUGAGGGCGGGGAGCAAGAGCGGGGGACUAGUGUUCUGCGGGGAAGCGCAGGUGUACACAUUGGAGCAGUUAAUGAGAGCGUCGGCGGAGUUGCUGGGGAGGGGAACGAUGGGGACGACGUACAAGGCGCUGAUGGAUAAUCAGAUGAUAGUGACGGUGAAGAGGCUGGACGCCAGCAAGACUGCAGUUACGAGCAGUGAAGCGUUUGAAAGGCAUAUGGAACAUGUGGGUUUGCUUGGUCAUCCCAAUUUGGUGAGGAUGGCCGCUUACUUUCAGGCCAAAGGCGAGAGGCUCGUCAUCUAUGAGUAUCAACCUAAUGGCAGCCUCUUCAAUCUCAUUCACGGUUCGAGAUCAGUGAGAGCAAAGCCCCUUCAUUGGACGUCAUGCUUAAAGAUAGCUGAAGAUGUGGCCCAGGGUCUUGCCUACAUCCACCAAGCAUCAAAGCUGGUCCAUGGUAACCUGAAAUCCUCCAAUGUCCUCCUCGGAGCUGAUUUUGAGGCAUGCAUUACGGAUUACUGCCUCGCCAUCCUAGCAGAUACUUGUGCUAGUGAGGAUCCCGAUUCUGCAGCAUGCAGAGCACCUGAGACCCGCAAAUCUAGCCGCCAAGCCACCCCUAAGUCAGAUGUGUAUGCAUUUGGGGUCCUAUUGUUGGAGCUUUUGACUGGUAAACAUCCAUCACAGCACCCAUAUCUUGUGCCUGCGGAUAUGUUGGACUGGGUUAGGGCAAUGAGGGACGAUGAUGGUGGGGAUGAUAAUCAGCUUGGAAUGCUUACAGAAGUUGCCAGUGUCUGUAGCUUGACAUCACCAGAACAGAGGCCAGCAAUGUGGCAAGUAUUGAAGAUGAUACAAGAAAUAAAGGAAAGUAUCCUGGUGGAGGGCUAA